CUGGACAGGCGGCGCUUCCAGAAUCCUGAGGACGGUUGCCGUGUUGUCCCGGGAUCCCAGUCACUGCCUUCCGCCUGACUGUUCCUAGCUGUCUGUCGGAUCCCAAGCGACCUAACCUGAGCCUGCUCGCGACUGGCGAACCAGACCGAAAGAAUUCCCUGAGCUGGUGUUAGGUGCCACAGGCACUGAAGAUCUCACCAAGAGGGGAAGAACAGAGAUAGGGGCCAGCAAGAUGGCAGAUGAGGCCUUAGCUGGGCUGGACGAGGGAGCCCUUCGAAAGCUGUUGGAAGUCACAGUGGAUCUGGCAGAGCGGCGGCGCAUCCGCUCGGCCAUCCGGGAGUUGCAGCGGCAGGAGUUAGAGCGAGAGGAGGAAGCCCUAGCAUCCAAACGCUUCCGUGCUGAGCGGCAGGAUAACAAGGAGAACUGGCUGCACUCUCAGCAUCGGGAGGCCGAGCAGCGGGCUGCUCUGGUGCAGCUGGCAGGGCGGCUGGAGUCCAUGAGUGAUGUGGAGGAGCUGACUGCACUGCUGCGAGGUGCCAGUGAGUACGAGGAACGCAAGCUGAUCCGGGCUGCCAUCCGCCGAGUACGGGCCCAGGAGAUUGAGGCGGCCACCUUGGCUGGAAGGUUGUGCAGCGGGCAACCCAACAGUGACUCAAGAGAGGACAGCAAGGGGCGGGCAGCACACAGGCUAGACCGGUGUAAGGUGCCAGAAUCAGAGAAACGGGAGCUGAAGGCAGAGGUCCUGGAGCCAACACCAACCCCUGAAGUCAUCAGUCGGGAUGUGACCACAGUGACACUCCUACUGCAGGUCCCACCUGGGAGCACAUCCAGCUCACCUGCCUCACCGGACACUUCGCCCACCUCUGCCUCUCCUGAGCCUCCACUGGAGCCUGCCAAGGCCCAGUGCCCUGCUGCCGAGGCUCUGAGCAGCCCCGAGCCACCCCCCAGCCCGCCCAGGGCUGCCAGCCCUGAGCCCCCAGAGACUCCAGCCCCCCACAGCCCUAAGAGACUGGAGGUCAAUGAGCUCCUGCCUGACCCCACAGAGCCCCCUGCUGUCCAAGGCCCCACCAAAGGCCCCUCCAACACAAAGAGAGCAGACCUAGCUGGACCCCAUCCCUGCCAAAGCUCCCUGUCCGUGCUCAGCCCCCGCCAGUCAGACCAGAACCGAGAGCCCGCCGCCCGUGCCAGUGGACCUUCCCCAUUCCAGCGCAGUGGCUCUGUUCAGGACCGCAUGCGCAAGUUCACAUCUGAUUCCCCUAUGGGUGCUGCACUCCAGGAUGGCCCACCUCGGGCAGCUCUAGGUCCCUCAACCCGUGCAAGACUCCUGGGCCCCUCCCACAUCAGUACCACCCCUGCCUCCUCCUCCAGCAGCUCCUCCUCACAGGGCCCCAGUGACACCUCCUCUGGGUGCAGCAAGGAGCAGCAAGGAGCAGCACAGCGGCUUCGGCUUCGGAGCUGCCCCCAGGAGGAGGGCCCCAGGGGGCGGGGCUUGGCUGCCAGGCCCCUUGAAAAUAGAGCAGGGGGGGCCGUGGUCUGCUCAGAGGAGCCCAGUGCCCUGCUACCCGUGGCUGUCAGCACUGCUGAGCCAGGGGCCAAUAUGAAGACGACAUUCACCAUUGAGAUCAAGGAUAGCCGUGGCCAGACCCCCACAGGCCGGGUGCUGCUGCCCACAGGCGGCCAGAGGGCAGAACUCACGCUAGGGUUGCGGGCGCCCCCCACUCUUCUCAGCACCAGCGGUGGGGGCAAGAGUACCAUCACCCGUAUCAGCAGCCCUGGGACACCAGCCCGGCUGGGCAGUGUCACUCACAUCACCAGCUUCGGCCAUGCCUCCCCUGGUGGCCAAGGAGGCUGCAGCAUUAAGAUGGAACCAGAGCCAGCAGAGCCCCCCUCUGCAGCAGUGGAAGUGGCCAAUGGUGCUGAGCAGACCCGGGUGGACAAAGCACCAGAGAGGCGAAGCCCACUGAGCACUGAGGAGCUGAUGGCCAUCGAGGAUGAGGCCAUCCUAGACAAGAUGCUGGAUCAGACUACGGACUUCCAGGAGCGGAAGCUUAUUCGGGCUGCACUACGUGAGCUCCGACAAAGGAAGAGAGACCAGCGGGACAAGGAACGGGAACGGCGGCUCCAAGAGGCCCGGGCCCGGCCGGGGGACAGCCGUGGCAACGUGGCCACUGAGACCACCACGAGGCACAGCCAGCGGGCAGCCGAUGGCUCGUCCGUCAGCACUGUCACCAAGACUGAGCGGCUCGUCCAUUCCAAUGAUGGCACAAGGACGGCCCGUACCACCACUGUCGAGUCAAGUUUUGUGAGGCGCUCGGAGAGUAAGGCCACCAGACAGCGCCCUGUGCCCGCCUGCCUGCCUGGCUCCUCGGGCUCUUCCUCGAACUCUCUUUUCAUACUGUUGUCUGUGUGUUUCUCUGUUCAGUUGUCACCUCUACUCUGCCUGUGGCUACCACCAUCCCUCCCCAUACCCCCACCCCAUCUGCUGAUAUCCAGCCCAGGCCUCACCACGCUCCUAUUCGCUUUUCUUGCAGAUGGUGGUGGCAGCACCAUGGUGCAAACCAAGACCUUCUCCUCCUCAUCAUCCAAGAAGAUGGGCAGUAUCUUUGACCGUGAGGAUGAGACCAGCUCACGAGCUGGCAGCCUGGCAGCGCUGGAAAAACGCCAGGCAGAGAAGAAGAAAGAGCUGAUGAAGGCACAGAGCCUACCCAAGACCUCGGCCUCCCAGGCACGCAAGGCCAUGAUUGAGAAGCUGGAAAAGGAGGGCGCGGCAGGCAGCCCUGGUGGACCCCGUGCAGCUGUGCAGCGCUCCACCAGCUUCGGGGUCCCCAACGCCAACAGCAUCAAGCAGAUGUUGCUAGACUGGUGCCGAGCUAAGACGCGUGGCUAUGAGCACGUGGACAUCCAGAACUUCUCCUCGAGUUGGAGUGACGGGAUGGCCUUCUGUGCCCUGGUGCACAACUUCUUCCCUGAGGCCUUUGACUAUGGGCAGCUCAGCCCGCAGAACCGGCGCCAGAACUUUGAGGUGGCUUUCUCAUCCGCUGAGAUGCUGGUGGACUGCGUCCCCCUGGUGGAUGUGGAGGACAUGAUGAUCAUGGGCAAGAAGCCCGACCCCAAGUGCGUCUUCACCUAUGUGCAGUCGCUCUACAAUCACCUGCGGCGCCACGAGCUGCGCCUGCGUGGCAAGAAUGUCUAGCCUCCCAGCCCGCAUGGCCUGCCCGCGGCAAGCUGCCCCCACCAUCCCGGCACCCUCCCCUCCCUGUGAGCCAGCCCACAGCUGCCCUGUCUGUCGCGACACCUUCCCUCGCAUACACAAGCAGCGUUUUGAUAAAUUAUUGGUUUUCAAGGAC